AUGUCUCUGCCGCCGACGAUGUUGACGCUUUUACCAGACGACGUGAUCUCUGAAAUACUCUCAUGGACGCCGGUGAAGUCCGUCUGCAGAUUCCGGUGCUUGUCCCGGGGGUGGCUCGCCCUCGUCUCCAGCCAGGCGUUCCUCGCCGCGCACAAGUCCCAAGUCGACCUGCACCUCCUCCUUGCCACCAGCUCCUCGGGCAAGGAAGCCAGCAACAUUGGCCGCGACCUGCGGCUGUUUGACGAGGAAGGCAAUGUCGUGAGAGUGAUCAGGAAUGUUGGUGCCCUUUGGACGGUCUGCCAUGGCGUUGACGGUCCGGUCUGCGUCACCCGCGAUUUUCGUGGUCGUCGCGACGUUUUCGGUGUCAAUGUGAUCAAUCCGGCUACCGGGAGUGUGCUAAUAACGGUGACCGUUGAGUUGGAGAGCCAAGAGAUCUUCCUCUUCAACAUCGGUUGUGCCGCCCCGUCUGGCGUGUACAAGGUUGUCCGCUUCGACGACGAGUCUUGGAAGGUUCUCACUUUGGGAGAUGAUGCCGAGUGGAGUGAAUUGCGGUCUCCCGCAACCACACUGUCAAAUUACUUCUAUCGGAGCUUCGUGGUCACGGUCAAUGGUGUCAUGCACUUUCUUUACACGUCACGGAGAUUGCCGUUUUAUAAGGACCUUAUACUUCGCCUUGAUCUCAAGAGGGAAGAAUGGAAGGCAUCCCUUGAAGGCCCAACAAAACAAGGUGACCAGUUUCAAAAGCGGCUAACGACGGAAUGUAUAGUGAGGCUCAAUGACACCAUCUGCUUGGUUCAGUUGGAGGAACAUUUUGUUACCAACAAUAGAUGCACGAACCUAUGGCUUCUGACUGACUUCGACAAAGGCACCUGGGUCAAAGCAUACACGGUCUCCAUGAGUCCGACCACCGUUUUAUAUCGGCCUUUGAGGGUGAUGCACGAUGGUGGAAAGUUGUUAUUCUAUGGCUACCAUAGCCCCACGAAAACCCGGAUGCUACAGGUUUACGAUCCCCUUACUGCUACAAGCGCACACUUCAUGAAGUUUCCGAGAGAUUUUCAUAGCGAUGUUUGUCUUUGCGACUUGAACUUAGAGUGCUUUGUCUGA